AGCAGGGACACUUACUUUCGAACAAUGGCUGCGCUCAUGAGGAAUAUUUCGACCUCAGCCUGGGUCACCGAUACUACGUUAACCCUUCCUUUCUGGCCAUCAUCUGAAGUAGCUAAGCUUGGCCCCAAACUGACCUCUUCUUACGAUGGAUGGGGCGCGGAAAGUACCACGCUGAUGUCUGGCUACGAUUGCCAGGAAAUGAAACUCGAAAGUGCAGAGAUGAGCGAGGAGCCCUACUCGGAUGUAUGGGAUGUUAUGGUCCGCUACCCCCGCAAAGGAACACAACCUAUGGUCACUUUUGUAUUGAGCUCCACUCAAGGAUGCACGUACGAACUGAUGAUGCAUCCCAUCGUCGAUCUCGCAUACAACGGAGGUAUUACAUGGUCCAAUGCGACUACUUUCUUCCCUCAACAGCAUACCCUCCCCCUUGGCGUCGGCACUCAUCCCAUAGCUCCCAACGUUACUUCGACUCAUGUAUACGCUCGUUUGAACGCAUCCAAACAAUGUAAUGGGCAUGAUAUCAUCAUCAUGAACACACCGUGGACAGCCCCCAUCGACUAUACCCCAUUCAAAACGAGUCCUUGGAUUCCUGAAAACAUGACAUAUGAGCGCUCAGCGGACUUUCGUAUGCAAGGAAUGCUUUGUCAGUCUCAUUAUUCUAUGUCCAGGGAUAACAUAAAUGCGUUUCUGGCGGACAGCGUCGGCAACAACAUCAAUGCAAGCGCCCAAGGCCAUCAGAAUAUUCAGGACCUCCCGGAAAGUCUUCUGGACAUUGUUCAGGUACAACGAAAGACUAUGACAGACGAAUGGAGGACAUAUUUUGAUAGAGAAACCAUGCGGCUCGACGCUCUUCAAGCUGCUGGGCCUGAUCUGGCACCUCCAUGGGCUGCUAGAUUUCCAGGAUAUUCUGGAUUGGCACCUAUGCUUGCUGUGCUCUCGGACUUUGACUUGGUCUCUCUAAUGAACGACCGAAACAUCGUUAAAACAGCAGCAAGAGUGAAGGGGAGAUUUUUCACGGAAAUGAUCCGUGAAACACUGAACUCACCAGACCUCUUUCAAACCAAUACUGUCGUGGGAACCGCCACCGUUGUUCAGGAGAGAGUAGUCGUUUUGGUCGAGAUCGGAUUCGCCCUUGCUGCGCUUUUCUUCGCUUCGACCGUGCUGCUUGUGGCGAUCUAUUGGACAUCUCGCCUGUCACAUCGGCCACUCAAGCUGAGUUCGGACCCCUCAAGCAUUGUUGGUUUGAGUCUCUUAUUGCAACCCCACCUGGUAAAAAAUGCAACUUUCAGAAAGAUGCAUAACGAAUCGAGGGAGGAUUUGUAUAAAUCACUCCGAAAAGAGAGUUACCUGACUUCAGACAUGUAUUUGAUUCAGGGGAGUGCCCAGCCCGCUAUUGUUAAAUCACCUAUUAAGAUCAAGCGUGACUGGAGGCCGCGUGUCAUUCGUACGCGAAUGUUACUUGCCUUAGGUGCUUUGCUUACAUCCAUCGUAACGGCUAUCUUAACAUUGAAUGCCUUCUCCCUUCGAUCGCAGCUAUCACAGACUGGCUUUAUCUAUGAGGCCGAUAUAUCUAAGCUUAAGCUUAGUUUUCCAACAUUCGCGCCCAUAUCUAUAGCUCCAACCGUUGCUAGUAUCGCAAUUGGUCUGUGGUGGGACCAGUUGGAUAUGACAUUUAGAAUACUCCAGCCCUAUGUAUCGAUGUCUCGAGGACCAACUCCGAUCAAUGCUGGAGCUGGUUUGACGUACACAUCCAAAACGUGGGCCGGUGCGGCUUUCAAAGCUGCGCGUUACAAACACUGGAUAUUGUUCUUGGUCACAGUUGGCUCUGUCCUAGCUCAGGUCCUUACGGUCUCGAUGUCAGCGCUUUUUGAAAAAGCUUCGACAAAUGUCACACAGCAAAUGACGGCACAGCAAAGUCUGGAAAUCCGACACGAGCCAUUGGUUUCUGAAAUCGAAUUGACUUUUAGGCAUGGAAUACAGUAUACACCAUCACUCGUUCUGAACGAGUUGUACCUUAACCCACGGAAGAACUGGCUUUUCGGCGCCGGGAUCAAGCAUUCAUUCAAUGGAUCUGAGCUGCCAUGGACCUUAGGAGGAUGGAACUUUCUACCGGUUGACCUCGCACAAUUUUCAACGUCCAGAGAUCCGCAACAUUCACCAGAUUUUAGCGAAAAUCGCGUGUUUGCAUCCACCAACGUGAGUCUGGAGGUACCUGCGAUCAAAGCACGCCUGGACUGUAAACCGGUCGAGGAAGUCGCGGAGACAUCUUCCUGGCUCGAAAUCGCCAAUUUUACGGGCUCCCGUUCAAUUACGAAGAAUGACAUUGCACGACUCAAUAGCACAGGGGGCUUUGAGCUUUAUCAGCUCUCGGGCAAUAUGUUUCAAAAUAGCUCUUCUCAAACCACAAUUCUUGCGGACGCAACAGCAAUAAGUUGUUGCUCGAAUGGCACGAUGGAACAACCACGCCGAAACGCCAUAGGGUAUUGGUCUGUUGCUACACCCAAUAACGAAAGCUUUCCGUUUACCUCUGCAUCCUGGCCCUUAUCGUUUGUCACAAAAUGGAUUGUUGGCGAAGGCAUAACAGUGCAGUACAGAAAUGAAGAGCACUAUCUCUAUUUCAGAGAGAAGCCAAAAAUGCAGGCCGCCCGGUGCCAACCAGUAAUAGAAACAACAGAAGCCACCGUCUCAGUUGAUGCACAUUCUGGUGCCGUUCAUUCAUACGAGAUCAAGAAGCCUGUGUCGCCGAUCGAUUUUGCAUGGGCAGAAGUUUUCGUAAAGCAUCAGCUCAUGAAUGCUAGUCUGGGACCUCUUGAUGACCUGUACGAAGGACCAAUGAAUGUAACCACAUCUUUUGGUGUUGUAUUUCUUCUCUCCAUGCUUAGGUCUCUCAUGAGGGACCCAAUAUUCGGGAUGCCCAAGGAAAGGCUCGACGAGAAUGCGUUCGUGUUCCGAGACCCUGAACUCGGUACCAACAUGGAUCUCAUGACGAACACGAUGUACUCUCUAGUAGGCAGCGACCCAGAAGUACUGCUCGAUUACCGAACUCUCGCAGAUACAGCUGAUCGCACAUUCCAGUCGUUCUUUCAGGAAUUCGUAAAUAGCGAUUUAUCGUUGAAAAAUGGCGGUUAUGCUUACCAGCCCGUUGGUGAUCAGAGUAUGAGGAAUAUUGGCCGACCCGUCAACGAAAACGGAACAAUUAUUUCGAGACGAGCAAUUCCUGAUCCAAACCCGUAUCGAAAUAUCACGGCCUCCGUAUCGAAUCGCAUUCGCCUUCUCCACAUGAACACUGUAGCGACCUACAUAUCAACAGCAAUUCUCGUAUGGCUCAUCGCAACAACAUUUAUUAUCAUCAGUGUGCAGCGAAAGUACACAAGCCUGAUGAUGCGCGACGUGAAACUGAUAGCCGACAUGCUAGUCCUUGUUGCUGGCAGCGACAAAUUCCUUGAGCUAGUGCAGGAGCAAGGUGUAGCACUGAAGAAAGACAAGCAAAUCCAAACUAAGCUUGGUUGGUUCAAAGACCGGGACGGUGAAGUUCGCUGGGGUAUCGAAGUGGUUGGUGGAGAAGAUGCGGUUGAAUGGGUAGAAGCGCCAAAAGUAGGUUUUCAUAUUCGUGAAAAAGGUACAUCUGGGAUACCUUUGCUUCCGUGGAAAAAGGGUCAACCUUCUACAAAACCAAGGACAGAUAGUUCUGUAUGAUUAGCUAUGUAGUCUUGCAUCUUUGAUGCACUUUAAUUUUUUUUUUCCAAUAUUACAUGGUGCCCUUUCAG